CCUGCGAUGCUAAGCAUCUCGGUAACGAAUUUCCUCUGUCAUACUUGAUGUUUGUUGUCACUUAUUGUUAGGACUAAAAACAAAGGACGUUUUCAGGAGAAAGUCUUAUAACAAAUCAAAGCAUAGGAAUCUUAAAAGCCUUUGAGAUUAGCGUGAUGCAUGUGGAUGAACCAAUAAAGGAGGACUUGUUUAUUUUCGAUACGGAAUGUGGCAAGUUGUAGGCCAUUCCGAUCAGAAGUUAUCGACGCAUUGUGCUGUUGUGUGUUUCUCGCUUCACCACUACACUAAAAUUUUAAGUGAGAAUGGGAAGGAAAAAAGAAAAGACCUGAGAGUAUCCUGUAAAGUAUUAUGCUUUAUGCAGUCCGAACAGGGAAGAAAAGUCACGGUGCAUUUGACCAUGUCCAAUGAUGAUGUUGACAGUUUGAUUCUUGAUAGUAUUUUCAUCAGAUCAAUUGGGUCAUUAAUUGGAAUAGAUAAGAACAAAAAAAAAGUACUUCAGUGUUUCCUUAAAAGAUUUGUGCCAUCAAUCAAAGUAGAGGUCAUCCCAUAUCAGCUCAAGAAUAUUAAAGAAAGUUGGAUGGAUCAAGCUAAGAUGUUGAACCAGACAUGGCAAAGUCAAUGGAGAUUUGGAAAAGAAAUGAUGAUUUGUUGUACCCAAUGCAUAUUUUUUAUAUGUCUAUAGAUUAUAGAAAAAAAUUUAAUGUUUAACAGCAUCCUAUCUACCUGGUAGUAUAUACAUGCUGUUUUCAAUAUAUUUAGAAAAUAUGUGUAUGUGAUGAUUGCAGUGCAUGCUCUGUUUGUCCAUCUUUGAAUUUGUUUUCAGUAAAAUAAAUGUAUACAUUAAGGUAUUAAUUGAAGGUUGCUUUUGUCUACACUUACAAGUAACAAGUUUCUUAAAAGGGUUAUUUUGUAAAAUUGCAAGGAAAUUAAUACAUGAACAAUUAAAUUUAAUAUUUUUAUUCAUUAAAUUUUGUUCUUACCAGGACCUAAAAUGCUCAAAUAAGUAUUUCUGAAAACUGAUGAGUUUUGUAAAUAAAGCUGCAUUGAACAUUUAACAGUUUAAAAUAUGACACUUGGAAAUUGAAAGGUUGUUAAUUUAGUAGGAAUGAUAA